AUGAUGAAUUCCUCUGUUGUUUUGCCAACACACAUGGACGACACAAAAUCUGAUGAGACUUCAAGCUCAAGCGACUCUCUCUUACCUCUCAAGAAACGCAUGAGGACUCUUGACGACUCAUCCGAAGAUGACCUAGUUGCUGUUCCUACAAAGAAGGUUGCGUUUCCAGGCAAAGCAAAAUACAAAGGUGUGGUUCAACAACAGAAUGGUCAUUGGGGUGCUCAGAUAUACGCAGACCAAAGAGGAUUUGGCUCGGCACUUUCAAAUCCGAUGCUGAAGCCGCCGCCGCUUACGAUAGCGCCUCCAUCAAGCUACGAAGAUUUGACGCUAACUCGCACCGGAACUUCCCUUUGUCUGCGUACACAGUCCACGAACCUGACUUUCAAGAACGACUCACGACAGAAGCUGUGUUGA